AACGGAAUAUAAUUUCGUUCACUCUGUACGUGUGCGUCAGGAGGCAAUAGAAUGACUAUUACACUUGUAUUCAGUUAUAGAACAUAAUGUCCACUGGCGGAUAAUUUACCUGCAUAUCAAUGGAUAUAACCCCAUGAUUUCAUUAUUUGAAAUCGUAAUUGGAUUACUAUUCCGUAAUUUACAAUCCAUGCCACGGAUUUCAUUGGAAUAAUACAGUUUCACUGCCUGUUCAGAUGCUGGAAAAAUGACUUCAAAGUGGACUGUCGUUUUCUCGUGCACCGUUUCAAUCUUGUCGAUCGUGUACUCAGCCACGGGUUUACCUCUGAACAAAGUUGGCCCACCGCGUCUGGACAUAGAAGGUUCAACACUCAUCAUAGCUCACAGUAAUACACUGCAACUCAGAUGUCAAGGAGGCUUUAGACUUGAUUGGAUAUAUCCAUAUGGAAUAGAAAGAACAAGAAUAUCAAUAGAACAAGAUCAUUGUUCAGGAUGUAAUCCUAAGAGACACACUAGCGUGCUCACCAUACAAAGUACAGAUGUUAUGGACACUGGAAGAUAUCGGUGCUUAUACAAGAGAUAUGAUAACAAAAUUAAUAAUGAAACAUCAGCAAAAGUUUAUGUUUAUAUAAGCUCAUCAGAGCACUUAUUUGUGCCACCAGAAUGGACACAAAACAAUAUUUACCGUGGGCAACCAUUCCUGUUGCCAUGUCGGACAACUAGCCCCAACCUCAAUGUGACAUUGGUGCAACGCGACACCGGAAGGAAUAUUACGGAUCACCGUUACCAUAGAUACGACCCCAGGAAGGGUUUUCAUAUCUCGGCUAACCAUCAUGAAUUGGAUGGACAUGUUUGUUGUAUGGCCAGCAAUGAAGGACACACUGACAGAUCGUGUUUCAAUCUAAACUUCCAAGAGCAAGCUCCAGUCCUGAAGCCCCAAGUAUCUAUCAGCACCGCAGAGGUUCUUGAGGGAUGGGAAGGGUUCAGCGUAAGCUGUGAGGUCUCGGCACCUGCUGAUAGUCUACUGGAAGACCUGUCUUGGGAUUACCCUGCUGAGAUGAUCGCAGAACGUGAAGAGAGCAACUACCGGAUAGUGACCGAUGGAAGCACAGAAUCAGUAAGAGGUUCUAGCAUGGCAAUGCAGAGAUACGUUAGUACUCUUCAUGUAGUACGUGCUCACAGUCAUGAUAAUGGAACAUAUGUUUGCAUUGCUACAAACUUCUGGGAUAGCUACUUUGCUGAAGCAUCAAUUAAUGUUAUAGGGGUUUCCAAUUUGAAGAGGCUUGGUCCUCCAAGGAUAGGGCGUAACACCACAGAGCGAUUCCUGCGAGAGGAUACAACCUUAGAAAUCAGUUGUACAGGUGGAUUAGCUCUGGAAUGGAUCUAUCCGGAAGCCGUAAGGUCAAGGGUUACAUCCGUCUCCCAGGCUUGUCCAACAUGUGACAGGAAUGCUCAUUUCACAAGCACACUGACCGUUCCAAGAACCAGACCACAGGACAGUGGUCAGUUCCAAUGUAUCUACAGCCGUUAUGUGGAUCAUGUCAACAAUGCUACAGCAGCAGAUAUUAAUAUCUUUGUAGCAGCAGAAAAUGCUCAGUUACAUCGAGAAGGCCCUCCCGUCAUCCACGUCAAUGACUCCCACAUCAUCCAAAAUGAGUACCAGAACCUUGAACUCCGCUGCACUGGUUCCUCAACACUAGAAUGGUCCUGGCCCAAGGAUGCAACUGAGCGUGUAGAACCAAGAUCUAUUGCAUGUCCUACAUGUCCUCUUGCACUGCGUUCUACAAGCACGUUGAAAGUAUCCAACGUCAGCUACACUGAUACUGGUUACUAUAAAUGCUUCUACUCACGCUUCUCAGAUAGACUUACUUCAGAGACCAGCACAGAUGUCUAUGCAUAUGUGACAUCUGAAGUUGACAAUUCCAAGCUGUUUACAGUUACACAUUGGUUAGGGACUGACGUCAUCAUCGGUUCAUCCUACAUCAUCCCUUGCUCUGUGACUGACCCACGUAUCAAUGUCACCCUGGAGUAUGCUAAUAAGGUCUUAUCAGGAGAAGGUUCUGUUAUCACCUACGACCCUAAGGUUGGAUUCAAAGUCCCUGGUAAUUACACAGAGCUCAGUGGCUACGUCAAAUGCAGCGCCAGAAAGGGAAACCUCAGUCAAAUGAAGAUCAUCUUUCUCAAUUUUGAACCCAAGGCACCGCCCCCAUCACCACAGAUCUUUGGUCCAAUCGAACAGGUCAAAGGUUAUACUUUCAAUGUAACCUGCAAAGUAGAAUCACCACUUGGAAUUCAGAUUAGAUGGAAAUGGGACUAUCCAGGUCUUCAUCAUCCUAGCGCAGAUCCCAGUAACUAUCGUACUGAGAAGCAUUCAGAAGAACGUCAGGCGGUUGUCGGUGAAUCUACCCGUGCUUUCAGGAGAUUUAGUGGAACACUUACCGUCUUUCAGGCCAGUCCUAUAGACAAUGGGAUAUACACCUGCACAGUUAUUAACAACAAUGGCAAUGGUAGCAUAUCCCAUGCUGUCAGCAUAUUAGAUCAAGGCUACAUCCACAUGGAGCCUUUAAAAGGAGAUAAUCUACGUCUGAUGAGUGGCGGGGAGCUUGCUAAAGAUCGUGAGAAGAUCAUGGUGCAUCUCAAGUACUUCCCGAAUGCUGACUUCACCUGGUUCAAAGAUGGCAUCGAGGUAGAUGCUCUUGAUCCUCAUCUGUUCAGGAGUCGCAUCAAUCAUGAUGUAGCUCAGGUCAGGUUGCUCAACAUCAGUCCUCAACAUGCAGGGAAUUACACCUUGAUAGGUGAUAACGGAGAGGUUCAGGAAAGUGUCACUAUCAUGGUCAUUGUUUAUGAUGGUGAUCAAGGCUUGACCAUUGAAGAGGAGACUAGUGUCAUUGAAGAAAAGGGAAAUCUUACGCUUCAUUGCAGGAGUAGCUCACAUAUCUUUGACAAUAUUAAGUGGUUUGUUCGUAGAAGUCGCGGAUCCACCAAUGAGAGUCGAUUACUGCGACCAAGAGAGGAACGUGUGACCAUCUCCUCCUACUUCAGUGAUGAAUUCAAUGUUUCUCAGCUUCACAUCCAAGACAUGGGACGUUCUGAUGAUGGUAUCUACAUCUGCUCAGCUCAGAGUGUCUUGAACAGCAGAGAUACUAAAGAAGUUUUCACUACAGUACAAGUCAAACCGAUCAAAGCCCCUGAGCUGGAGGUAGGUCUGAAUACAAGGGAGAUUAACAAAAACCAAAAGGAUUUCAUACUAGAGUGUGAAGCAUCAGGAUUUCCUACGCCAGCAUUCACAUGGUUUAAAGAUGGUAGUAAGCUAGAGAUGCAAGUCAGUACUAUCGCCCUACCUAAUGGCAAUGCUCUGUCUACACUUAGAAGGACUCGGAUUAACAUGGUAGAUAGUGGGGUCUACCAAUGUGUGGCCAGUAAUGGAGGAGGACGGGUCAACAGUUCAGCUGUCAUCAUUAUACUUGAGGAACCGUUCAUGAAAGUGAAAGAGGAUGUAAAAUUGGUAGUAAUGGGAGGAACAACCAAUCUUACAUGUCAUGAUGGUGGAAACCCAAAGCCUACCAUUGUUUGGUAUCACCAGCCUGAAGACCAGACGAGUGAUAUGCGACUGCUACCGUCACAGAUGUAUAACAACACUGAGGGCGUCCUGGUGCUCCAUGAUGUGCAGAAAGAUAAGGAAGGCUCUUACAUCUGUAAUGCUACUAAUAGACUUGGUAGCAGUAGUAGAACUGUUAGCAUCAAGCUAGAUAUGCCCCAUGAGCCCCUUACUAUUACCAAACGUGAUGAUGUUAAGAGGAAUACUACUAUCGGAGUUGUCUUUGUGCUUAUGAUCAUCGUUGUUGCCCUUAUCAUUGUCAUCUUCAAGAUUAAAAAGCUAAGACCCAAGUACAUCGCUGGAGGUGAUGAUAUGUUGCUACCUAUCUCAUUUGGUCAGUACAACGAUCUCUUAGACAUAUGUGAACAUCUUCCUUAUGACUCCAAAUGGGAGUUUCCUCGAGAGAGACUCAAAAUAGGUCCAGUGAUUGGUCGAGGAGCUUUUGGUCGUGUGAUGAGAGCUUCAGCGUUUGGUAUUGACAAGCUGGAUACAUGUACCACUGUGGCCGUCAAAAUGUUAAAAGAGGAUGCUUCUGAUAGUGAGAGGAAAGCCUUGUUAACUGAAUUGAAAAUGCUGAUUCACAUUGGACCACAUCUUAACAUCGUUAACUUACUUGGAGCAUGCACGAAGAAAGAUCUAUUCAUCAUCUCCGAGUUCUGCCCGUUUGGUAAUCUCUCAGAUUACCUCAAGACCAAGCGAAAGAACUAUGUGGCUGAGCCUGACCUUCUUGCUAUUGCUCCAAUGGAGCCAGUUGAUAGGAGCUCCAGGGGGAGCAGCCGAGGUGGAGAUGGUUUCAUGGGAGCUAGAGGUGGAUCCAGCUUUGAGGUUGGAGAUGAUGAUGUGUUUGAAUACAUGGAGAAGGAGGAGCCUUUGACCCUGAAGGAUCUCAUCUGUUAUUCAUUCCAGGUUGCUAGGGGAAUGGAGUUCUUAGCAUCAAAGAAGUGUAUUCACCGUGACUUAGCAGCAAGAAAUGUUCUCCUAGCAGAAAACAAUAUUGUCAAAAUUUGUGAUUUUGGUCUAGCCCGAGACAUCUACUCAGAUCCUGACUAUGUCACACAAACAGGGGGAAGACUUCCUAUCAAGUGGAUGGCUCCAGAAUCUAUAUUUGACAAAGUCUUCACAAUCUACAGUGAUGUAUGGUCAUUUGGAGUAUUCAUGUGGGAAUGUUUUGCCCUUGGUGGAUCACCAUACCCUGGUGUGGUGGUGGAUGAAGAGUUCUAUAAUCGUCUCAAGAGUGGUUACAGAAUGUACACACCAGAUUAUGCACCUAUUGAAAUUUAUCACAUCAUGUUGGAUUGCUGGCACACAGAACCUAAGGAAAGACCUCACUUCAGUGAGUUGGUUCACAAACUAGGAGACCAAUUAGCAGCUAACGUCAAGCAGGAGUAUCUUGAUCUUGAUGUGGCGUAUGAUGAACAGGUAGCAUCAAGACCGAUAUCAUUCUACAAUGAGGAUGAUGAGGGAGCAGCAUCAUCUAAUGAGGGCCAGGUGACCUUGGGUGAAGAUGCCCUUCAGGUUGAAGCAGAUAUCUCAUUACCAAGUACUUCAGGUUAUCAGCCAAACCAUCCAAGUACAUCAUCUACCUUCCAGCUUGAGGAUGAGAGACCAGUCUGUGCAAACUUAGAGGGUAGAACAGUAUCAUCAAUCCAUGCUAGCCUAACGGACAUCUCAUCAUCGGAACCGUGCGAUGAAGAAGAUGACACAGGAGCAGAGUCCACAAAGUCCUCAACGACAUCAUCAAGGAUACCGAUGCACAGACCUAACAGCUUGUCGGCGCUUGAUGGUCUUCAACAGACCAAUCCUGUCUUCCAUCAUCAUCAUCAUCACCACCAUCACCCAUCAAACCACCACCACCAUCAUCAUCAUAAUCGUGGCAAUAAUAGCACCAGUAAGAGUGAGGAAUCAGUGUCAUCAGACUCUUCCAGUGGGUUCAGGUCAGGGGGUUAUGGGUCUGACGUCAAUGAUGAACCACCUCCAGAAUACAGCAAAGUUAUGCAAGUUGCAUUACACAAAGAAACUUCACUGUUUUGGCCAAGAGGUUCAAGUGGACAAUGAUGAACUGGUAUAGAGUAAUGCAAAGAGAGACAGUUGGACCACUGUUAUGGAUUGUAUGGUUGUGUUAGACGAUCUGCUUUCAUGUGGAGACUUGCUUAUCACAAUGCAAAGAGUCACAUUUUAAGAAACAGUAUUGGAGCAUCAUUAUUGCACAGGUUGGGAACAGUCCAUUGAUCAAUUCUUCUGAACACAGUAAACAAAUGACAGGAUUACAAAUCCUUCAUAAGAGCAAUAAAGACUUAUAGAUUAUGAGAUGGUGCCUUUUGUCUGAUAUGAGAUGAAUUUAUUAUUGUAUAUUGGUGUAUCAUCUAUUAUCCUAUGUAUUGAUAUGUACAAAAUGUGAAUUAAUACUGUAUCUAUUUGUGUAUAUACCUCAUCACUGCAUCUCAGUUUGGUACUCCUAAACUGGAGUGAGCAACGAACUGAGAGAUAGAGAGAGAGAGAGAGAGAGAGAGUGUAAGCAAGGGUCAGAGAGAGUGUGAGAGAGCACGA